GGAUGCUGUGGCUGGAAUUGCUAGAGAGUACAAUGUUGUGCCGAACGCCCAUGAAAUAACUAUCACGGUGGAAAAAGGUGAUUUUGCCCAUCCUCCUCCUCCACCUUCACCACCUCUUCUUCCUCCUCCUCCUCCUCCCUUCCGUCUCCAUCCCAUUCAUGAGCUGCAGUGCGGUGGCUGGCUUCAGCGGCAGGCAUGAUGACAAGGGGUCGGUGGGGAAGAUCAGCCUCUCCUCAGACUCUGUGUCCACGCUCAACAGCGAGGACUUUGUCCUGGUGUCCCGGCUGGGCGACGACCACACACCCUCGUCGUCCACCAACAACGGUAGCGAUGACGAGAAGCCCGGACUGAAGGUGAUUUCUGAGGAAGGGGUCAGCUUUAAGAUCGUGGGUAACGGCAGUGAGCAGCAGCUCCAGAAGGAACUGGAGGAUGUGCUGAUGGAGCCGUCGCUGGCCGGGGUCAUCGCCGCGGUGGUGGCAAAGCCCGCCCCGGACCAGGCCGGAGGGGUCCAGUCCUCCGGGGACCGGGACCAGGCCAUCGAGGACCAGGCCAUCGGGGAUCAGGCCAGCAGGGACCAGGACCAGGCCAGCAGGGACCAGGCCAGCAGGGACCAGGACCAGGCCGGCCCGGACCAGGCCAGCGUGGACCAGGUCGGCGGGGGCGAGCGAGGGCUCCCCAUGGCCGUGCUGCCUGGGAUGGAUCCGCUCAGUGCACCCCCGUCCACGGUGGACUUGGUCUUGCCCGUACAGGGGUCCCAGGAGAGCGAGCUCAACGAGCGGUCCUACAGGGCGGACGAGUCGUCCCCCGAGUCCGGCCCCGGGACCCCCUUCCCAGACGAGGACAGCGUGGUGUUCAGUCAGCUGACCUACCUGGGCUGCGCCUCGGUCAACGCGCCCCGCAGCGAGGUGGAGGCCCUGCGCAUGAUGAGCAUCCUGCGGGGCCAGUGCAACCUGCCCCUGGACGUGGUGCUGUCCGUGCCAGGGGUCUCCGAGGGCACCGUCAGGUUGCUAGACCCCGUCACCAGCACAGAGAUCGCCAACUACCCGAUCUACAAGAUCCUGUUCUGCGUGCGCGGCCACGACGGCACCACGGAGAGCGACUGCUUUGCCUUCACCGAGAGCCACUUCAACUCUGAGAUCUUCAGGAUCCACGUCUUCCGCUGCCAGAUCCCAGAAGCGGUGAGCCGGAUACUGUACAGCUUCGCCACCGCUUUCCGACGGUCAGCCAAGAAGGCCAUGAUGUCAUCGCAGCAGGCCCCGCCCCUCACACCUGAAGGGGACCUGUUCACCUUCACGGUCAGCCUGGAGAUCAGGGAGGACGAUGGCAAGGGCACCUUCAGUGCCGUUGCCAAGGACAAAGACAAGCAAAGCUUCAAGCUGCGAGCCGGGAUGGACAAGAAGAUAGUGAUUUAUGUCCAGCAGACGUCAAACAAAGAGCUGGCCAUAGAACGGUGCUUUGGCCUACUGCUCAGCCCAGGGAAGAACGUGAAGAACAGCGACAUGCACCUGCUGGACCUGGAGUCCAUGGGCAAGAGCUCAGACGGGAAGUCGUACAUCAUCACAGGAAGCUGGCACCCCAACACUCCUCAAUUUCAGGCAGUGAACGAAGAAACGCCUAAAGAUAAGUUCAUGUACAUGACGACGGCGGUGGACCUGGUGAUCACGGAGGUGGAGGAGCCCGUCCGCUUCCUGCUGGAGAGCCGGGUCCGGGUCUGUUCCCCCAACGACCGCCUCUACUGGCCCUUCAGCAAGCGCAGCUACACCGAGACCUUCUAUCUCAAACUACGACAGAUGGAGCGCAAAGAGCGCAAGAGCCCGGCCAGCGACACGCUGUACGAGGUGCUCAGCUUGGAGAGCGAGGCAGAGCGGGAGCGGAGGAAGACCACGGCCAGCCCCGGGGCCCUCACCACAGGGCCCGGGGGUUCCUCCCCGCCUGAGGACGAGGAGGAGGAAGAUAACGAUGAGCCACUGCUCAGCGGCUCAGGAGACGUUUCCAAAGAGUGCGCCGAGAAGAUCCUGGAGACCUGGGGGGACUUGCUCUCCAAAUGGCAUCUCAACCUAUCGGUACGUCCCAGACAGCUGCCUGCGCUGGUGCGCAGCGGCGUUCCAGAGGCCCUGCGAGGAGAGGUCUGGCAGCUCCUGGCGGGUUGCCAUAACAACGACCACCAGGUGGAAGAGUACCGAACCCUCAUCACCAAGGAGUCUCCUCAGGACAGUGCCAUAACGAGAGACAUCAACAGGACGUUCCCGGCCCACGACUACUUCAAAGACACCGGUGGAGACGGACAGGACUCUCUCUACAAGAUCUGCAAGGCCUACUCUGUCUAUGACGAGGAGAUCGGAUACUGCCAGGGACAGUCAUUCCUGGCUGCUGUGUUGCUGCUUCAUAUGCCAGAGGAGCAGGCCUUCAGUGUUCUGGUGAAGAUCAUGUUUGACUACGGCCUCCGGGACCUCUUCAAACAGAACUUUGAAGAUCUCCACUGCAAAUUCUUCCAGCUGGAGAGACUAAUGCAGGAGUACCUUCCGGACCUGUACAGCCACUUCCUGAACGUGGGUCUGGAGGCCCACAUGUACGCCUCCCAGUGGUUCCUCACCCUCUUCACGGCCAAGUUCCCGCUCUACAUGGUCUUCCACAUCAUCGACCUGCUGCUCUGUGAGGGCAUCAGCGUGAUCUUUAACGUGGCCCUGGCACUGCUCAAGACAUCUAAGGAUGACCUGAUCUCCACGGACUUUGAGGGUGCCCUCAAGUUCUUCCGGGUCCCUGUGCCCAAGCGGUACCGCUCCGAGGAGAACGCCAAGAAGCUGAUGGAACUGGCCUGUGGCAUGAAGAUCAGCCAGAAGAAGCUGAAGAAGCAUGAGAAGGAGUACCAUACCAUCAAGGAGGAGCAGGAGCAACAGGAGGCUCCCAUCGAGAGAUACGAGCGAGAGAACCGCCGUCUCCAGGAGGCCAACAUGCGUCUGGAGCAGGAGAACGACGACCUGGCCCACGAGCUGGUCAGCAGCAAGAUCGCCCUGCGCAAGGACCUGGACAACGCCGAGGAGAAGGCUGAUGCCCUCAACAAGGAGCUGCUGAUGACCAAACAGAAGCUGGUGGACUCGGAGGACGAGAAGAGGCGACUAGAGGAGGAGUCAGCACAGCUGAAGGAGAUGUGCAGACGGGAGCUGGACAAGUCAGAGUCUGAGAUCAAGAAGAACGGCUCCAUCAUCGGGGAGUACAAGCAGAUCUGCUCCCAGCUCAGCGAGCGUCUGGAGAAGCAGCAGACCUCCAACCGCGGAGAGCUGGAUAAAAUCAAGGCCAGGGUGGACGGCUGUGAGAAGUGCAGCGUUCUGUUCAACAAGGAGGGGCGUGUGCGCCUGGCCACGGGGCCCCUGGGCGCCAUGGGGCCCGAGGAGAGCGAGGAGAAGGAGGACCUGAAGAACCAGCUGAGGGAGAUGGAGCUGGAGCUGGCCCAGACCAAGCUGCAGCUGGUGGAGGCUGAGUGCAAGAUACAGGACCUGGAGCACCACCUGGGUCUGGCCAUGAAUGAAGUGCAGGCCGCCAAGAAGACCUGGUUCAACCGGACCCUCAGCUCCAUCAAGACGGUGACGGGCGCCCAGGGGGGCAAGGAGAACACCUAACUGACCCCGCCCACUCACCACCACCGCCUCCCCCGCUGCUAUCAGCAACGCCCCCCCACCACCCCCCCCGCUGAAGGGAUUUCAACAUAACUUGACUGCUACCCCCCCAGGAUGAUCUGGGGAUUUAAAAAACAAACUGUGUUAACACUACACCCCCUCCAAGCCUCCUAAUCCUCGUAAGCAGGCUGCGCCCCCCCCCCCCAGUAAGUCCAUUAUCCCAGCAGCCCCCGCUCACCAUGGGUUUAGGGUGCGUUUUGUUGGCGCUGCGCGUCCAGAUCUCCGUUGAACAAGAGGCUGGGUGUGGAGAGAGAAGAGGCUUCUGUUGAUUUUAAUCUUUGUACUACUGAUAUUUAAACGCUGUGGAGGAGCGGGGGCUGGACACAGGCCGGGCGCAUGCGUCACCACUCCCUGCUUUAUGUUCAACUCCCCGGCACAAGCAAGCGUAGUCGUCCCCCCCCCCCCCCCCCCCCCGUUUGACAGAGAGGGAGGGGUCUUUAGGUACAGAGCUGACAUGAGAUGAGACGCCUUUUUCUGAACGGAGCUUUUUUUCUUUCUCACAUUUACGUUUAACAAAGUGUCACGAUUUUUUUAAUGUAUGUAUAAGAAUGUGCUGUUAGAAGAAGAAAAACACGGAUAUGUGCGUGGAUUGGUGUUCCGUUAAUGUUGAUUGUCGGGAUUGUGUAUUUGCUUGAGUGUACGUGUGUGAGUGUGUGUGUGAAAAUGUGUGUGUGUGUGUGUGUGUAUGUAUGUGAUUGGACUUGGAAGAUGUGCUUCAGUGACUGACUGAACAGCCAUGGAUGAGUAUGGCGUGUAAAUAUGAACAUAGCAGAGGGACAGAAUACAAAGAAAGCACUCAUUUAGCCUGCGCGCGUGUGCAUGCUUGUAAAAGGAACGUUUUAGAUUUUUUUCUAAUUGUCUGGGUUGCGCUGAUUAACCAGUGUGUGUAUACGAGUGAUGCUGGUGGCAGGGUGGGGCGUAUAGCAGAAGACAAUGACCAUGUGACGCACAGUGGGCCAGAGAGAGAGAGGCAGUCUUGCCCAUCUCCCGUGGUAGUAAAUAACUUUAUUAAAUCUAAAUUCUCGAACUUUAAAAAUGCAUGAGGGUUUAUUGUCAGCAGCACCUGGACACAAAUAACUUGGAUACGUGGAAACUUCAUGAGGACCUGGCUAACUGAAACCCUCGUAGAAUGAAUAUAUAUAUAUAUAUAUAUCUCCCCCACACACAGUCCAGGCACGGCACAAAGACCAACGAGUGUUUGAAACCCUAUCCGUCACUAGAGACAAGGGUCAGACCGCUUGAUAUACGGCAAUACGCUCACACAUACACAAACAUGCACACAUACACAUGCAUGAACACACACACACACACACCCACAGGUACUGGUAAUUCCAUCUGGCUGUUUGGGAGACAUGUUUAAACCACUCACCCUACAUCACUAUUCCAGCUCUCAUGUCUCCAGCUGCUUGCUGACCCCCCCUCCCCUCGACCUUUGACCUUGACAGAGGAGGUCAUGUUUGGAGGCUGUGUUUCGCUAGGGUAGCAGACAUAUUGUGUUAGCACGGUGUCAUGAGUUUGCCUCUACCAGCAUAUGGAGACCCACUUAUAUUUAGAAUAGACUCAGACACACAUCCAUAUACGUUGAAUACUUCUAUUAAAAGCACAGCAACAACUAAAACGUGCGUUCUUCCAAGAGCCCUCACCCGAUCAAAAGCACAUUUCAUGAUCCAUGUCCACUGCCUUCCUGGACCCCAGUCCUACACUGAGUGGGUCGAUGCCCAGCGUUCUGAUUGGUCCAUCUGGCUUAGAGGGUUGCCGGGCAGGGUCACCGGGGGCCAUACAGGAGUUCGGACCAGGGUCGCAGUGAAGCCCAUCCCGGGUGUGUGUAUGUUUGUAUGUUAUUGUGCUCCUUUUUGUCUUUAGGAAGGAAAGUGCAAAGCUUGAUGCUUCUAAAUCAUUAUCACUCAUCCCGUUAACACUUUUCUGUCAACGCUGAGACGUUAAGGAAGGAUUUAUUGUGUCUGACAACGUGAAGAGAACUGGUGAAUCGUGAGCUGAAUGUAGUUUGAAGGAGGAGCGUUCAGUGGGUGUGAAACAUACCCAUGAUGCAACGGGGAAAGGCCAAAUAACAACAAAGGGGUUCAGUCCUCUAACCACCGAGUUGUAAAUAACAUAUAAACCAUAAGUGAAUAAAUCUGGGGGUUUGUUUCAUGUUUUUUCUAUUUUAUAACUAACGUUGCCUACUUGUACCUUACCUACCUGCUGUGAUACAGUUGACUUCACUAUGUUUUUACUUGUUUUCUUUAUUUCGCUCCGAGCUUGAAAGUCAAACUGCUGUUUGUUAAUUUGUUACUGACAUGCCCAAAACGUAGCUUUGUCAUUGGACGAAAACAAGGAACAUUAUCAGCGUGUGGACAUUGUAAUAGUGUAGGUUGCAUUGUGUAUACUUCAUGACUUUCAUCAUAAAGAUCUGAACACGGAGAGAUUGUAUCUGAUUCUAUUGUCCGCCCUCCUUUAUGUUGCACACGUUAUUCAUCAUAUAUAUACAGCGCCCUCCAUAAUUAUUGGCACCCCUGGUUAAGAUGUGUUAAAAGCCUUAAAAUAAAUUCAAUUUUUAUUGCAGAAACAUAUUCUCACACUGAAAAUUGUAGAAAAAUGUAACCUUCAACUCAAGUGAAUUUUAAGUGAAAAAAAAAGUCCCUGACUAAGAAAUAAUUAUUCUUCAUAAAAUCACCUGUUCCACAAUUAUUGACACCCCUAACAAUUCCUAGGAAAUAAAUGUAAUUAAAGUAUCUCUGUCAUUCCUACAGUAGUUUACAAAGUUGAUCAGAGUAUGUUGGAACAUUUAAUUAGUAAUUCAUAACUUCCUGUUUCCCUGGGGUAUAAAUAUGACGUGCCACAGAGGCCAUUUCUCUUCAACAUGGGAAAGACAAAGGAACACACCGUUCAAGCAAGGCAGAUGUGUGUCGACCUUCACAAAUCAGGCAAUGGCUACAAGAAAAUAGCCACUUGUCUACACUUGCCCAUAUCUACUGUCAGAGGAAUCAUCAUGAAGUUUAAAACAGCUGGAACAGUGGUAAACAAGCCUGGACGAGGACGCAAGUUCAUUUGGCCACCACGCACAGUGAGGAGAAUGGUAAGAGAAAUAAAAAAAUCUCCAAAGCUCACUGUCACAGAAUUGCAAGGAAUGGUAGCAUCUUGGGGUCACAAAGUCUCCAAAACAACCAUCAGGCGCUAUCUACAUGCCAGGCUGUUUGGGAGGCAUGCACGGGAAAAAAUCUUUUCUCACUCAAAAUCAUAAACGCAAACGCCUGGAGUGCGCUAAGCGGUAAAUGACCUUCAACUGGGACUGUGUGCUUUGGUCAGAUGAGACAAAGAUAGAGCUUUUUGGCAACAAACACUCCAAGCGGGUCUGGCGGAACACAAAGAUGAGUAUGCAGAAAAGCACCUCAUGCCCACUGUGAAGUACGGGGGAGGGUCGGUGAUGCUGUGGGGCUGUUUCUCUUCCGAAGGCCCUGGGAACCUUGUUAGGGUGCAUGGCAUCAUGAACGCGGUGAAAUACCAGGACAUUUUUAAUCAAAAUCUGGUGGCCUCUUCCCGAAAGCUGAAGAUGGGUCGUCACUGGCUCUUUCAGCAAGAUAAUGACCCUAAACAUACGGCCAAAUCUACCCAGAAAUGGUUCACCAGACACAGAAUCAAGCUCCUCCCUUGGCCAUCUCAGUCCCCAGACCUCGACCCCAUUGAAAACCUGUGGGGUGAGCUGAAGAGGAGAGUGCAGAAGAGAGGACCCAGGUCGCUGGAUGAUUUAGAGAGAUUGUGCAAAGAGGAAUGGUCGAAGAUCCCUCUUUCUGUUUUCUCACAUCUUGUGAAACAUUAUAGGAGAAGACUAGGUGCUGUUUUGUUGGCAAAGGGGGGUGGUACAAAGUCUUGACAUCAGGGGUGCUAAUAAUUGUGGCACACAUGAUUUGAUGUUAAAUAAUUAUUUCUUAAUGUGGGAUUUUUUUUCCUACUGAAUAAAUGCACUUGAAUUAAAGGCUGGAUUUCACACUUUCUUUCAUUGUGGUCCUAUAUUAUUUAGAAAAAAAAUGAAUUUAUUAGAAGCUAAAGAACACAUCUUAACCAG